AAUGAUGGCUCAAUAUUCAUAUUAGUCGGUGAAGAAUGUGACUGCUAUAUAAAUGUAUUUCUGUUGAAACGCCGUCAUUGUUACAGUACCUUCUGGGUUGGUAGUUUCAAAAUGUAUUUUUUUAGUGGUCUGGUUUGUCUGAUUUGCAUAUCUUCUGUAAUUGGACAAAAAUAUAGUAACAAGUACGACCAUAUAGACAUAGAUAGGAUUUUGUCUAAUAAAAGGGUUUUAAAUAAUUACAUUAAGUGCAUUUUGGAUCAAGGACCUUGUACUCCUGACGGAAGAGAAUUUAGAGAUCACGUUCCUGAAGCCAUAACGACUAACUGUGCAAAAUGUACGGAAGCUCAAAUAAAUAUAAUAAGGAAAACUUCCGUUUUUAUUAUGAAAAAGCGACCAGAGGACUGGGAGAAAAUUAAAAAUAAAUUUGAUCCACAGGAAAAAUACAAGGACAGUUUUAUGAAAUUCAUUAAUGGACAUAAUUAGUAGAUAUUAAAAUACUGUUGUAAAUAAUAACUAAUUAAAGAAUUUAUGAAGAAAAUAAUUUAUAAAAAAAUACCAUGA